CAUAUUUCUUGGCUUGAAUCUUGGUCAAACUUCUUAAUGCCAUCCCUUCACCUCUUCUCUGAGUUCCCUCAGUUGGCAUCAUAAACUUACAAGAAGGUUUGAGAAGAUGGCAAGCUUUCAUCAUGGAGAUGCUAUGGCCAUGUGUGUGACUGGUGCAACAGGAUACAUAGGUUCAUGGCUGGUUCAGUCACUUCUCAAGAAGGGCUAUUUGGUUCAUGCCACUGCCAGAGAUUUAGAUAAAGCAAGGCAAGUUCUAUCAAACUUGGGAGGCAAUGGCAAGUUAAAGAUUUUCAAAGCAGAUUUGGAUGAGGAAGGAAGCUUUGAUGAGGCAGUGAAGGGAUGUAUUGGAGUAUUUCAUGUGGCAGCUUCAAUGGAAUUCAAUUGUGAUGCAAACCAAAAUAUUGAAUCAAGCAUGCUAGAGCCUGCAUUGAAAGGAACAACUAAUCUACUACAAUCUUGUUCAAAAGUUGGGUCUGUUAAGAGGGUGAUAUUCACAUCGUCCAUAAGUACCAUCACUGCCAAAGACGAAAAUGGAGAGUGGAUACACAAAGUUGAUGAAUCAUGCCUAAAUCCAGCCAAUCUUGUUUGGAAGAAAAGGCCAAGUGGAUGGGUGUAUGUUCUUUCAAAACUUUUAACUGAGCAAAAGGCUUUCCAGUUUGCAAAUGAGAAGGGCAUUGAUCUAGUAUCCAUUAUUCCACCAACAGUGGCUGGCCCUUUCUUAACACCUGAUGUUCCAACAAGCCUUCAAGUUCUUUUAUCGCCUAUUACAGGUGACCCAAAGCUUUUCCCCAUAUUAGCAGCGGUGCAUGCAAGGUUAGGAUCAAUUCCUCUCGUACAUAUUGAAGACAUAUGCAAUGCUCAUAUAUUUCUAAUGGAGCAUGUUGAGGCUGAAGGAAGAUAUAUCUGUUCAGCUACUUCUUGCGCCAUGGCUCAGCUAAUAGAAAUUCUAUCAUUUAAAUACCCUUCAUGCAGUCCUAAAAGGAUCUCUGAAGAUCAUUAUGAAAAAAUUCCUUCCAUUAUUUGUUCAAUGAAGUUAACUAGCUUGGGGUUCAAAUUCUGCUAUGAUUUGGCAGACAUCAUCAAGCAUAGUGUAGCUUCAUGCAGUGAGAGUGGAUUUUUAAAGACUUUUUGAGAACUUUUCCAAACAAUUCUUAUCCUAAUUAGUGGUGAAAUAUUAUGUAGCGGACAGAUCUCAUUAUGACAUCCUUUGACAUAUGCACUCUCAUAUAC